AUGAAGUACGCAAGCUUCCUCCUCAGCCUCGCGCUGUACAUGCUCCAAGCCAAGCUCAGCAAGGCGGACAAAAUCUUGUGCGCCGCGGCUGACAACUCGAAUUCCCAGGGCAACUUGAACGCCGGAGGUUAUUGCGGAGCCUUUGAACAUGCGGCCGAAUUCGUGGUCAAGAAUGACAAGCUGGUAGUUGAUGAGUGA